AUGCAUACAAGCGAUGCGCCCAUGACUAGGAGGUUGUCAACAGAGGACUUUAGUCACCGCUCACCAUUGGCCCAACUGGCCCCCGCAGCAGCCACAGUCAAAAAUAAACGGGAGAAAAACAGGUUUUGCAAAGACCCGUUCAAAACAUCGUCUUCAUUCCAUGCUCCCGUGCCUUUGGUCUCCCUCGCCUUGUGUCGUGAUGAUCUUGUCUACCUCCCAACCUCCCAUCUUCCGAAGACCGCGUCUCUUCCCCCCGAAAACCAUGACCGCCCGCCCAUCAUGACCCGACCGCCCUCUCCCGGCGCGACGUCGUCGCGUCCCUUCGACCCUCAAAACCACCGAGACGAAGACUCCUCCUCCUCCACCAUAGCUCGCAUCACAUCCUCCAAUUCCUCCUUCGUGGAAUCCUGCUCCUCCAGCACAAAGCACUACCGAGCCCAUCGCUCCCGUCGGGCCGCCACCGCCACCGCCACCGCCUCCGCCCUCCGCUCCCUCUCCUUCGUCGCCUCCGUCGUCUCCGCCCUCUGCGCCGGCUCCAUCACCGUCUUCUCCCUCUACGGCCACAUUUUCCAGGAACGCCUCCAUUAUACCCAGCUGCAGGUCAACGGCCUCGCCAUCUCCUCCUCCAUCGCCCUUUACCUCCCCGUCUCCGCCCUCGGCUACCUCUGCGACCGCGCCGGCGCCCGGCCCCUCUCCUUCCUCGCCGCCCUCCUCUUCGGCACGGGCUACGUCACCGCCGCCACCACCUACCGCAAGCUCGACCUCGAAACCGCAGCAGGCCUCCGCGGCCGCGAUGGUCGCAUUAUUCGUAUUGUCAUUGGUGACGGGGACGGCGAUGGUGGUGGGAGUGGGAGUGGUGCCCCAUAUGCCACCGACUGGACCUACCCCAUCAUGAUGUUCGCGUUCGUGUGCGUCGGCGUAGGGACCUGCGCCAUGUACCUCGCCGCCGUGGCCACCAACGCGAAGAACUUCGGCAAGGGGCGACACCGCGGCCUCGCCCUCGCCGUGCCCAUCGCCGCCUUCGGCCUCAGCGGCAUGUGGCUCAGCCAGCUCGGCAGCCGCGUGUUCUACGAGCGCCUCCCCGACGGCAAGGCCGGCGACCUGGACGUCUUCGCCUUCUUCCUCUUCCUCGCCCUGCUGCUCGUCGUCGUCGGCGUCCUCGGCGGUUUCGCCCUGCGUGUCGUCGACGAGGCGGACAUGAUCGAGGAGGCCGUGGAGGAACUGGAGCGGAGCGGUCUGCUCGAUCGCAGCGCGCUUCUGGAGGGCGGCGCGAGGUUGGCGGGACGUCAAGGCUACGGCGCUGUGGAAGACGCCCGUGGCGUCGAAGGCGUCGCAGACGACGAUGACGACGGCGGCGGCGGCGGCGGCGGCGGCACAAACGAGGAGGACGACGAUGGCCACGACGACGAAGACGACGUCCGACGGAAAAAGGAGUGGGUGCUCAACGCCGAGACGCGCCGCUUCCUCACCGACCGGACCAUGUGGUUCCUCGCCCUGGGCUUCCUUCUCCUGAUCGGCCCCGGCGAAGCCUUCAUCAACAACCUCGGCACCAUCAUCGGCACUUUGUACCCGCCGGCCCGCGACCGUGAUGCCGCCGCCGAUUCGGCCCCGCCCACUUCACCCUCCACCCACGUCUCCAUCGUCGCCCUCACCAGCACCGCAGCCCGCCUACUCACCGGGUCACUAACCGACCUGCUCGCCCCCUCGCCCGCCACGCGCCACCUGCAAGUCCACGUGACCGCGCGCCCGCCCUUCUUCCGCAACCUCUCCAUCUCGCGCGUCGCCUUCCUCCUGGCCUUCGGCGCCACCCUCUCCCUCGGCCUGCUGGUCCUGGCCGCGGGCGCCGCCCAGGGCCACGGCGAGCGUUUCUGGAUCGUCUCCGGGCUCGUGGGCGCGGGCUACGGCGCCGUCUUCAGCCUCACCCCCAUCAUCAUCACCGUCAUCUGGGGCGUCGAGAACUUCGCCACCAACUGGGGCAUCGUCGCCAUGUUCCCCGCCCUCGGCGCCACGUUUUGGGGGUUGGUCUACUCGGCUGUUUACCAGGCUGGCGCUAGGCAUCCUCCCCCCGGCGUCGGUGGUGGGGGCGACGGAGAGGAGGCCGGCGAUGUGUUCUGCUAUGGGCGGCAGUGCUAUGCGCCCACUUUUUGGGCCAUGGCUGCCACGGUCUGGCUCGCGUGCUUGAUGAUCUUGUAUGCUUGGAAGGGACACAGGGGGUGGUCGCAGCGGGGAAUCAUUGUUUAG